UUUAAGUCCCAAUCUUUAUUUGUAGCUCAAGAGGCUGGUACAGUAUUACGCCUGAUGCUCAUUUAAAAAAUACUGACAGGCUGGGCAUGGUAGCUCACACCUGUAAUCCCAGCACUUUGGGAAGCCGAAGUGGGCGGAUCACUCAAGGUCAGGAGUUUGAGACCAGCCUGGUCAACAUGGUGAAACCCUGUCUCUACUACAAAUACAAAAGUUAGCUGGGCGUGGUGGCGGGUGCCUGUAGUCCCAGCCACUUGGGAGGCUGAGGCACAAGAAUUGCUUGAACCUGGGAGGCAGAGGUUGCAGUGAGCUGAGAUCGCGCUACUGCACUCCAGCCUGGGUGACAGAGCAAGACCCAUCUCAAAAAAUAAAUAAAAAAUAAAAAUAAGAUACCAUGAAUUUGGAAGGAUUUUGAAAGUUUUAGAGAGUUUUAUAAGCUAUUUUUAAGAGUGUAAAAAAUGGAUAAUAUAUCCUUUAUUAAGAACGGUUAACAUCUGUUUUAGGUGAUAAGAAAGGAGGUAAGAUCCUAGGCACAUUUGAAAAAAAAAAUAGGUAGCAUUACUGAAAAGAUAAUCAUAUUGACUGUUUCCUCUCAGCAAUAAGGAGAAAAGAGUGGAUGGGAGCCUAUUAUUUAGACAGUGUAAUCUUUCGGUUAGAACACGGAUUCUGAAACCAGAUUGUCUGGGCUCACAUCCCUAUCUAGUGUGGUCUUAGGCAACUUACACGACUCGACUGCACCUUAGUUUCCUCAUACAAAACACGGAGAAUACUAAUAUUAUCUACUUAAUGAGGUUGUUCUGAGGAUUAAAUAAAGUAAUACAUGAACUAGUACGUGAAAAGCACUCCGGUCAGCGAUAGUCAUCAAUCCUGGAGUUGAGCUCCAGGCUAGGCAUAAAGAGGAAGAUAAGAGGCAGGGAGCAGGCAACGUUUCAUUCUUCCUCUCCGCACCCUCGGGAAGGAGGCACCGCUGUUUCUCCCAGGGCUCAGCGAGGAGGCCGGUAAUUCGAAGUUGGAUCCGAGGACUUUCCUUGGGACCCCUUUCCGCCGCACCACGCCGCCUUUCGUCUGGUUGGUCCCUGAGGACACGAGGGCUCAGCCCCACGCCCCGACUAGGCGUUCCACCACUGAGCCGUGGCCCCAGCUCCAGGAGGCAUGCAGCCCGAGAGGCCGCCUUCACGCCCGGCCACGGCCACUGCCACUGCCAGGGGCUAGUGGCGAUAGCGACAAAAGGCUUCCGGGAGGAACUGGUGCCUCCGCUCGACGCCCUUCCUUGCGGGCAAGCCGGGGGCUGACCGUUGUUCGUGACACCAAUACUUAUGCAUGCCACUCAGUGCUGGGCGCCGGGGACUCUAAUGAAUCCAGACUCGGCCCAGAUACCGUAUGCAGAAGGACCACUGGCCGCCCACAACUGAUCCCUGUCACUGGCGACCUUUGCUGGCCCAGAGCGGGGGGGUAGGAGGAGCUGAACCUCCCAACCCGGGUUCACCUCCAAAGCACCACCCCUGCGGGGGCGUUCUCGGGUACGCCGUAAAGUAGAGAGAAUGCUUAACAACCCGCCUCCGUCUUUACGGCAGGCCGCAUUCCAUGCCUCCAAUAUGGCGUCCUCCACAUAGGCAGUGGCUGUGGUUUCUACACCGGGUGGCCGGGGGCAGUGCUGAGCUGGGACUGUUGUUUGCCCAGCCUGGGCUGCAGAAAGCAGCAGUUAAAGUUCGUUUCUGGUCACUGCUCCAGGAAGCCACUUUAUUCUGAGGGUCAAGAAUUGCCGCUUCCUUUUAGUUACUGCAAGUUCCUCCUCUGCCCCUGGUUUGUUUCCCGCGCCACCUCUGGAUACCCCCAGGUCCCAGACCCUUCCAGACUCAAACCAUGAACCUUCGGCAGCUGCUAUUGCACUUGCCACGUUAUCUUGGAGCCUCGGGUUCCCCGCGUCGCCUGUGGUGGUCCCCGUCCCUCGACACCAUCUCCUCGGUGGGCUCUUGGCGUGGUCAGUCCUCCAAGUCCCCGGCCCACUGGAAUCAGGUAGUGUCAGAGGCGGAGAAGAUCGUGGGGUACCCCACGUCUUUCAUGAGCCUUCGCUGCCUGCUGAGCGACGAGCUCAGCAACAUCGCUAUGCAGGUGCGGAAGCUGGUGGGCACUCAGCACCCUCUGCUUACCACAGCCAGGGGACUUGUACAUGACAGCUGGAAUAGCCUCCAGUUGAGAGGCUUGGUGGUGCUCCUUAUCUCUAAAGCAGCUGGGCCCAGCAGCGUGAACACUUCGUGUCAGAACUAUGACAUGGUCAGUGGGAUCUACUCAUGUCAAAGAAGUUUGGCAGAGAUCACGGAGCUAAUUCAUACUGCUCUCCUUGUACAUCGUGGGAUAGUAAAUUUAAAUGAGUUGCAAUCAUCUGAUGGUCCACUGAAAGACAUGCAAUUUGGAAAUAAAAUUGCUAUCCUGAGUGGAGACUUUCUUCUAGCAAAUGCCUGCAAUGGACUAGCUCUGCUACAGAACACCAAGGUUGUGGAACUUUUAGCAAGUGCUCUUAUGGACUUGGUACAAGGAGUAUAUCAUGAAAAUUCUACUUCAAAGGAAAGUUAUAUCACAGAUGAUAUUGGAAUAUCGACUUGGAAGGAGCAGACUUUUCUCUCCCAUGGUGCCUUACUAGCAAAGAGCUGCCAAGCUGCAAUGGAAUUAGCAAAGCAUGAUGCUGAGGUUCAGGAUAUGGCAUUUCAGUACGGGAAGCACAUGGCCAUGAGUCAUAAGAUAAAUUCUGAUGUCCAGCCUUUUAUUAAAGAAAAGACCAGUGACUCCAUGACUUUUAAUCUGAACUCAGCUCCUGUAGUCUUACAUCAGGAAUUUCUUGGAAGAGAUUUGUGGAUUAAACAGAUCGGAGAGGCUCAAGAAAAAGGAAGAUUGGACUAUGCUAAGUUGCGAGAAAGAAUCAAAGCUGGCAAAGGUGUGACUUCAGCUAUUGACCUGUGUCGUUACCAUGGAAACAAGGCACUGGAGGCCCUGGAGAGCUUUCCUCCCUCGGAGGCCAGAUCUGCUUUAGAAAACAUUGUGUUUGCUGUGACCAGAUUUUCAUGACAUCAAAUUAAAAAGACACUAUUGUUAGUUAGCUGAAAAUCCUAGGGAAUGAGGUUGAUUGGGAGAGCUUUCACGAUGUGUUAAUGACUUUUAAAACAUAUGCAUUUUUCCUUCCUUUUAUCACAUUGCUAAAUGAGUUCUGCUUUCUUUUUGGAACUGCUACAAACAAAAUUAGAAGAAAAAAAGGUCAAGCAGUUUUCACUUGUCACGCCAGAAGCACACUUGAGGCUGCAGUCGCAGAAAUAAUUAAUGAGAUUCGCUCCUGUGACCUCAGCAAAUGGACAGGAAAUAAGUCCUUAUUGAUUGGACCGAGCCAGGGAUGGCGCCAGGGCGGUGGCCUGUGGUUUUUCCUGCUAGAGAGGACAAAGCAAUUUGGAAGCUGCAGGUGUCAAGAGAAACGCUCUCAAUACCAACCAGGGAGGAUUGUCUAAUCAAAAACUAGUGACCAAUUUGUCAUAUGGAGAGUAGUUCAAUGGAUUAGGAAAAAUAUGUUUUAUUUGUUGGCUUGCAAUUAUGUCUCUGGAUUUUUUUUUUUUUUUUUUUUUUUUUUUUUUAGAUGGAGUUUUGCUCUUGUUGCCCAGGCUGGAGUGCAAUGGUGCAGUUUUGGCUCACUGCAACCUCCGCCUCCUGGGUUCAAGUGAUUCUCCUGCCUCAGCCUCCCGAGUAGCUGGAAUUACAGGCACCUGCCACCACGCCUGGCUAAUUUUGUAUUUUUAGUAGAGAUGGGGUUUCACCAUGUUAGUCAAGCUAGUCUCGAACUUGUGACCUCAGGUGAUCCGUCCGCCUCAGCCUCCCAAAGUGCUGGGAUUACAGGCUUGAGCCACUGCACCUGGCCUCAUGUCUCUGGAUUUAUAAUGCAGUAUGAAUAUACUUUGUGCUUUAUGGUUUUUAUAAUGUCUUUUUGGAGACAUUGCUGAAAAGUUGCCAAAUACUUGAAGUAGGAGAUUAAAAUGUUAUCAAAUGUUAAAUUGGUUAUAUUAGGAAUAGUCUGUUUUUCUUUCUUGAAGAUCAGUUUUUUUUUUUCAAACACAUUUCAAAGAACCAAUUUUUUUUUUUUUUUAAGGAAAAAGGAGCUUUUUUCAAGUGAAAUGUAUUCAUUUGUAAUACUUUGGUUUAAGGAAUACUUUAAUUUUUACGAGUUUCAGAAACAGAAUUUUUGUACUAGAGAAUUCAUUGGUGAGAGUGUUCUUUUAACCUCAGAAUAUCAAAUUUUGGUCUUGAACCACAGACAUCCAAUUACAGAAAGAAUAUAAGCAAUCUGACAGACCUGCAAUCGGACACUGUCUCUGUGUGGUUCAUAGGAGAUGAUUUUUGAGGUUUGCACUCAUGCAAUUUGAGACCACCGUUGACAAGAAGGCUGAGUUUACAUAAAUGAUCUAGAUUGAAACUCAGCUACCUUUCUUCCUCAUGUGGUGUAAUUACAGCCCUAUCUGGAGACAGCGAACACAGCAAACAGAUUUUAUUACCUAGUUCACUCAAACACUACAUGAAGUUAUUUUAGUUAAAGCCCUCCCCCAAAAGUUAUAAAACCAUUUUAUCAGGGCCCAACAUGUGGCGUGCAAUGAAGAGAAAAUGUAAAGCUACAGAGGUAUUUUAUAAUACAAUAAAUGUAUUGUAUUAUAAAAUAUUUUAAGUGUACUCGAAAUAUCGUAAUUGUACAGUUCAUGCCACUAUAAUUUAAGGCCUAUAGAUUUAGCUUAAGAGAACACUCUUCUGUUUGAAAUGCCUUCUCUCACUGAAAUUGGCUUAAUUAGUAACCAUGGAUAAGAUGCUUUGGAUCAGACUAGGUUUUAAUCAUUAACUUCCACAAAGAAGAGUCAUGCUUUGUGUUAGGUGUGCUGGUUGGAUGUGCAGGAACUUCAGCAAGCAGUAGGUUUUACUAAGAAGAUGGUCAGGCACUGCAGGGCACCAGGCAGGAUCCUAGGGCGCCUCUCAUUCUGCGUUAGCAUCUGGUUUGCUGUAUGACCUUGCACAAGUCACUUCUUUCUGAGCCUCAAUUUUCUCAUCUGUAAAAUGAGAUUCAAAAGUUGACCUGAAAGUCAAGUGUGAAAAAAAAAAAAAGAGAUUAAACAAGAUAAUUAUGAAA